AUGGCGGUAAACGAAGGUGACGAUCUAGCACCCCUAGAACCCAAGACAGUCAACGAUGGAGCAAUCGUGGAAUUGUUACGGAGAAGAUACAACCACCACCAAAUUUAUACUUCCGUUGCUGAUAUAUUGCUCUCAGUGAAUCCUUUUAAAGAUCUAUCCAUCUAUGGGCCAAAGGUUAUAAAAGCUUACCAAGAUUCACAGCCUAGCAGUCAGUUGUCGCCUCAUGUAUAUUCAAAAUCCAAGGCAAUUGUACGGUCAAUGCACCAUUCAUCAAAAAGUCAGUGUUGUGUGUUGACUGGUGAUAGUGCAUCAGGGAAGACUGAGUCCCUCAAGCACAUUCUGGAUUACGUUGUCAGUGUUUCUUCGCCCACAGGUGCCAGUAUGAAAGCCAAAUUUUCAAAGGUUCAUUUUAUUUUGGAAGCUUUUGGCAAUGCAGUAACUGCACAAAACAGAAACUCAAGCAGGUUCGCAAUGUACUACGAGUUGUACUUUUCACCCGAAAUGAAGUUAUCAGGAGGUUCCUCUACCGAAAAUAUUUUUAUGAUCAGUGAAUAUUUUACAGGAAAGGUGCACCACUACAUGUUAGAAAAGUCAAGAGUUGUUCAUCAAGAAAAGGGAGCAAAGAACUUUCAUGUAUUCCAUUAUCUUUUGUAUGGAUUGGAUAUAGAUGAACAACAAGAGUACAAUUUGAAUGCUGAAUAUCCUCACAGGUACCUCUCCUAUGACCCAUCUGCAGUUCCUCCAGAGGAUAAGACCAGCAAGGAAAUCCUAGGGAAGAAGUAUAUGGAGCUGUUAAAGUGUAUGGAGUCUGUUGGCUUUACUAAAGAGGAAAUUCUCAACAUCUUAAAGUGUUUAGCUGCUAUUCUUCACAUUGGAAAUAUUGCAUUCAGUUCAGCAAACCCACAAACAAACUCAGCAUUUGUGAAAGAUCCUCAGCCUGUGAAAUGUGCUAGUUCACUUCUUGGGAUGUCAGAGGAUGAUAUGGGCGAGUCUCUAAUAAAGGGAAUCACCUACCGAAAAGGUGAGAAGUUUUCAGUGCACAAGUCUGUCAAUCUGGCAAAUUAA